UAGAAAAGAAGAAAAGAUGGGAGGCAGUGGCGGAAUGCUAGUAGUUGCAGGGGAGAAAGAAGAAGAGACAAAAUUGGAACAGAAUGACAGAACCCACCAGCGAAUUUGUGAUUUCUGUGGAGAAUCAUUGGCCAUCUUGUACUGCAGAGCCGACAGCGCCAAGCUCUGUUUCUCGUGCGACCAUAAAGUCCACUCUGGAAACUCGCUCUUCAGGAAGCACACUCGUUCGCUGCUCUGUGAUGUCUGUGAUUCGAGCCUGGCUUCAAUUUUCUGUUCUACAGAGAGUCUUGUUCUCUGCCAGACCUGUGAUUGGGACACCCAUGGUCAAUCCUUGUCCUCGCGGCAUGAGAGGAGGCCGUUCGAUGGCUUUUCUGGGUGUCCGUCGGUGACUGAUUUUUCAUCAAUUCUUGGGUUUGAAAACGUUGGGGACAAGUCCUUUUUGCCGAUGGAAGAUCAGGCUGAUGGUGGCGGCUUAGUGAGUUCUGAGCUUUAUGGUUCCAUGGGAGGAAUAGUGGAUGAGAUUUCUGCUGCGUUUUCUUGGGAGACUCUGCCUGUUGUUAGUCUCGACGAUCUCAUUCUUUUCACUAAUUCCAACCAUAAUUUCCAAGCUACUGGAAAUCCUCCUCUGCCCAUGAACCAAAAUACAACUUGCGGGCGACACAAGGAAGAUAUUCUCUCUCAACUCCAUGAAUUGGCAAAGUUGGAGAACUGUUUGAAUAUCGAUCAUGCGCAUGUUGAAUCACUUAUCAGAGUCGAACCACAGGUGGCAGAACCAAAUAUUCAACCUCUAAAUAUGGAUAAUAUGGAAGCUAGAUUUGAACAUGAUCUGGAACAAAUUGACAAGGUAAGCUUCUUUCCUGUUUGGUUUUGUUUGAGUGCUUUUUCUGGAAUAGUUUCUUUAGUUGUUGUUUGUGUUCCACUUCCAUAUGUUCUGUUGGUGUGGAGGUUAUGUUUGGUUAGAAAUUGGAAUUACAUCACAGUAGGUUGCUCUGCAUUUUCUGAUCAGCUCAUUCUUAAUCAUUUCCAUGGGGUGUGGUGCAGAAUGUUUCAUGUUACAAUCGAUCAUGGACAUCAGAAUGUUGAGUUCCUCUUGAUUCAGGGAGUUGCACUUCGAUGGCACAGUAACAGUUGUAAAUCAGCUGGUCCCGAACCCAUCCCUUCUAGUUCUUUAGAAAGCUAUGCAGAGGAAAGCUUGCCGUUUCAUCAGAAACCUACAGAGGUUGGUGGCAGUGGCUGCCACAUCAAUGGUGGUUUCAAAGAGCAAAUGAAGCAUCCAGUUGUCAGAGAAAGCUUGCAGGGCCUGCCAACAGUUGCUCCGCAUGAGUUAUCAAGCCAAGAGAGAGACUCCAUGAUCUUACGAUACAAGGAGAAGAGGAAAAUGAGGAGAUUUGACAAGCACAUCCGGUAUGAAACCCGAAAAGCUCGUGCAGAAAGCAGGACAAGAAUUAGGGGACGUUUUGCAAAAGUGGAUCAUUGAAAUUUGGAUCAACUGGGUUUCUUGGAGGCUUGUAUAUGUGUUUUAACAGACCCCU